AUGGAGGAUUCCUAGUUGAUACAUUUGAAUUAAGUUUAAAAUUAAAACCAAGAUUGCUUGGAUUCUACUGGCUUACCCUACUUUAAUAAAUAAAUAAGAUAGAAUUACGUUACUCUAGAGCAGGACAGCAAUGAUAUAAAAGCUAAUUCAUCUGGGAUUGAUUUCUUAGAAAUAAAAAAAUCACCCACAAAACGCAAUUAAUUCGCUUAAAUUUACGAUUAAAAAGAAGAGGAUAAUAAGGACAAUUAAUAAAGUGAUUAAUAUAGCUUUAAUGAGUCACAAAGAGUUUAACUGAUGGAUGAUAGAAUCGACUUUUUUGAGAGUAGCUUGAUCGAGAGGCCAUUUGCUCAACCAACUAUAAUUUCAUAGAAGAAUAAGUAAAAAAAUAUUAAUAGAAAGAGUAAAAUCUCAGCUCGUGGUUAGGGUACAAAUGCCUAGAGUAAAAAGAGUUAUAAGGACUGUGCCAAGAACUCGAUAGAACAAUAGAAAGACAGUCUAAAUAUAGAAGUUAGCAAACUCAGUAGCAGAGGGAAUCCCUCACCACGGAUGACAAUUAAUCAAAUGGAUAACAUUGAAAUGAUGCUCUAAAACACUCAGGAAAUGAUAAAACGCAGAAGUUUAUAUCAUUAAAGAGAUUAGUCAUUUAAUAUGAGAGGAGAUGGUGCUAGUUCACAUUAGAGCUCAGCAAACUUGGAUAAGAUAACCAGACAUUAGAACAUCAUCACAGAGGAUAUUAAUAGAGGGAUGAUAAAGCCUGUUGUUCUUAAAGACAUUGACUGA